CUGUUUUUCUCAUUUUAUGUGUUAUGUAUUGACGGGACAAAGCUUUCGAAUCCUCUCUCUCUCUCUCUCUCUCUCUAAAAAGUUCAAAAAAUGAAAAACAACAUACUUCGCGUGCGCGUCCUUUCUCUCUCUUCCUCUCACUUCACCUCCUAAACCCUAAUCUUUCUCUCUCUAAAUUCUCCCUUCGCUGAAACUACUCGGCACAUAUAUAUAACUAUUUAUAUAUACAGAUCGUCGCCGGAAUUAUGGAUGACAAGGACAAGCUCGAUCCAGGGAUGGAGUUCUCGGCGGCUCAAUCGAGCUGGAGUACACUCGGCGGUGGUGGUGACUCGGACAACUUCGGCUUCUUCGGAAGCUAUCGAGAGAGCAACGUGUUGAGCGAAUUCGGAUGGAAUCUUCAGCCGGACACGGCGGAGGGGAGUGGAGGCGAAGCCGCCGGUUUCGGAGGACUUGAUCGGAUCGGUGCGGAAGAUGAGAGGUCUGAGGAUUUGGCGGAAAAUCAAGCGUUGAUGCCGGAGAGUAGUAGUGCUGUUGCGCCGCCGGUUCAUACCGGACUUGCCUGUGGUGGUGAUGCUUCGAUGUCGAAUCCGUCUGUGUCUUCUAGCUCCUCCGAAGAUCCGCCGGAGAAAUCGACCGCUUCCGGCGGGAAACCGCCGUCGGAGACAGCGAGCAAGGUUAGAAAGAAGGGGCAAAAGAGAAUACGGCAGCCACGUUUUGCAUUCAUGACUAAAAGCGAAGUUGAUCAUCUAGAAGAUGGCUACCGAUGGCGGAAGUAUGGACAGAAAGCAGUUAAAAAUAGUCCAUUUCCGAGGAGCUACUAUCGCUGUACAAAUAGCAAAUGCACAGUGAAGAAAAGGGUUGAACGCUCGUCUGAUGAUCCAACUAUUGUAAUUACAACAUAUGAAGGCCAGCACUGCCACCACACCGUUGGAUUUCCCAGAGGUGGACUCAUUAAUCACGAAGCUGCCGCCUUUGCAGGCCAGUUAGCUCCUUCAGCCCCACAGUUUUACUAUCCAGGAUUCCAAUUUCCUCAAGAGGGUUCUCCUACCAUAUCACAAAGACACCAAGUCCGUGGUGAAGCAAGAGAAUCUCGUGUGUUGUCUCAGCCUAACACUCAUCUUCCCACUGAUGAAGGACUGCUUGGGGACAUUGUACCUCCUGGAAUGCGCAACCAAUAAAAAGAUGGCCAAGAAGAAGAUUAUGGAAUAUGAGGCAGAUUAAUUCGUGUUACAUCAUUGUUAAUGAGACCAUUAUCCAUGAUUACCGCAGUUUCCAAGCCCAAAAUGUGAGUUUCUUUUUCUUGUUCAUAUAUAUAUAUAUAUAUAUAUAUAUAUAUAUAUAUAUAUGUAUGUAUGUAUGUAUGUACGUAUAGAAUGGCUAGCUAACCAAGUCUCACAUACAGACUAACAUGCCAGGUAUUGAUGGUCACAUGGCUGCAGUACUCUUGCAUUGAGCUGAGAUUUAUCUGAUCAUGUUAAUGAUAUAUGCACAUAUAUAUACAUAUAUGUAUAUAUAUUCUUGUAUAUGGCUCGUUAGGCGUUGGCUAUCAUUUUUCUAGCUAUCUUUGAUGAUCCUUGACUUGUCUAUUUUUGUUAAAAUGAUGGUAGUGUACUAUAUGUAACAAUUCAAUUAGAAUUUGAACUUGUUCACGAGAUCUUCUUUCUA